AAAAACUAUUCGAGAUUUCGAGAACUUUCUGACAUCCCUACACGCAUGGACGACGGACGUGUGAGACAAUUUGACAUUGACAUUACAACUUGAUGAUGAAAAAAUUUUUUAUUAUGAGUUCUGCCUCAUCCAUUGUCAAUAGCACAACGUUACGGGUUAUGUUUCAGGUUAAUAAUUAAUUCUUCUUACAGUAGCAAUCUUAACGGAGGUGUCUAUUAAGUUAUGUAGUAAUUACGAGGUAAAUGAUGUCGAGAAUUAGAGGAAUAGUUCAAAAAGAUGCGUUGCAAGCACCAAAGUAUAAACAUAACGAAAUUCUCAAAAAGAAAAACGAGGAUCAAUCAGCAAAUUCGAAAGAUGAGAUAGAAAAACAUCAAAUAAAUGAACUCUUGCACAAAUUGCCAAGAUUGGAUAAAAUAUUUGAGGUUCAUCGCAAAAUUGGUGAGGGUACAUUUAGCUCAGUAUACCUCGGUUCUCUACGGCAGCAUGCCUCCCUGUCCAAUGAUGAGAAGCGGUGGUUCGCUAUCAAACACCUGGUUCCCACGGCACAUCCAGCUAGAAUUGAACAUGAAUUGCGAUGUCUGCAGGAUAUUGGAGGCAAAGAGCAUGUCAUCGGUGUGGAGCUCUGUCUGCGGAAUUUGGAUACUAUAGUUUUCAUAAUGCCUUAUAUACCUCAUAGAAAAUUUUCUGAAUAUGUAGGGGAAAUGGAUGCAACGGAGCUACGGCACUACAUGCGAGCAUUGAUGGUGGCCUUGCGACAUGUGCAUUCGUUCGGGGUCAUCCACCGCGACGUCAAGCCCAGCAACUUCUUGUAUGAUCGAGAUAACAAACGAUAUUUGCUAGUCGAUUUCGGGCUAGCACAGCGCCUUUGUCCUGCACCUGAAGGAACGCCAAUGAUCGGUCCGCCUCCAGCACACUCUAAUGGCGUACGGAAACGAACUCGUGAUGAGGAGGACGGGCCAGCUGCUAAGCGGGUGGCGCUCGACCUGAGCAUGGGCGCACCGGCGGCGACGGGGAUUGCGACUAUUGCGGCGGCGGGACCCGAGGCUGCGGCGGCGGCGGAGCCCAGGCCGGGGGCAGCGGGGCCCAGGCCGGGGGCAGCGGGGUCCAAGCCAGGGGCGGUAGGUCCCAGGCCUGGGCGCUGCCCGUGCUCCGGAGUGGCGGGCGUAUGUGACAUGUGCUCGGGGCGGGCUGCGCCCCGGGCGCCGCGGGCAGGGACGCAGGGGUUCAGGCCGCCCGAGGUGCUGCUGAAGUAUCCGCACCAGACCACGGCCGUGGACGUGUGGGCGGCGGGGGUAGUGUUGGCCAGCGCUUUAACGGCGCGGUAUCCGUUCUUCCGCGCGAGCGACGACGUAGCCGCCCUGGCCGAGCUGGCCGACCUCGUCGGCACAGAGCCGCUGCAACGUGCCGCCGCGUCUCUGGGUGCGUCAUCUGCCUGUAUUGUAUAG